AUGGCGCUCAAGUUCCUGAACAAGAAGGGGUGGCACACGGGGUCCCUCCGCAACAUCGAGCGGGUAUGGAAGGCGGAGCAGGCGGAGGAGGCGGAGCGCCGCAAGACGGAGGAGCUCAAGAAGCAGGUCGCCGCCGAGAAGGAGAAGGCCGAGUUCCGGGCCAUGCAGGAGCGCGCCGGCCUCAGGCCGGCGCAGGAGAGGCUGGACUUCCUCUACGAGUCGGGGUUGGCCGUCGGCAAGAGCUCCGAAGGGUUCCAGGCGCUGCAACAAUCUGCACCGGGGGCAUCUGCUGCGUCCACUUCUGCACAGGCGAGUGCGGCUGAUUCUUCCAAGGCAGCUACACCAGGAGCUUUAUUUGAGGAUAAACCCCAAUCUGCAAAUGAUACAUGGAGAAAGCUCCACUCUGAUCCUCUACUCCUAAUAAGGCAGCGGGAGCAGGAUGCAAUUGCAAGGAUUAAAAACAAUCCAAUCAAGAUGGCCGAGAUAAAGAAAUCUGUUGAAGCUGAAAAAAAGCAAAAAGAAGAGAAGAAAGAGAAGAAAAAGCACAAGAAGCAUCGCCACCAUAAGUCAAAGAGUAAGAGGCAUCACUCAGAUGAGAAUUCGGAUUCAGAUGAAAUAAGUGAUGGCAAGGACGAGAGAAGGAAGAGAGCUCAUUAUUCUCUUGACCAUAAGAAAGAAGAGAACAGGUCCAGGCAUAAGAAGCAGCACAGAGAAGAUUCAUCAGAUUCAGACGAUGAUGAACCACAGAGAAGAAAGCACGAUGUAUCAGAAGACGAUGAACCGAGGAGAGGACGGCAUGACGAGGAUGAACCAAGGAGAAGACGGCAGGAUGAUGGUGAACCAAGGAGACGACUGCAGGACGACAAUGAACCAAGGAGAAGACGGCAGGACGACGGUGAACCAAGGAGUAGACGGCAGGACGACGGUGAACCAAGGAGUAGACGGCAGGACAACGAUGAACCAAGGAGAAGACGGCAGGACGACGAUGAACCAAGGGGAAGACGGCAAGACGAUGAUGAACCAAGAGGAAGAUGGCAGGAUGAUGAGAAACCAAGGGAAAGAAGCUAUGUUGACCGUCCAAGAUAUGAUCGCUCUGAUGCUGAUGAUAUGAAAAGGAGACAUCAUUCACCUCCAGACCGCCAUCAUUCAAACUCAAAGCAUGAUGGUCCAGACUCUAGGCCCAAAAGAGUGGGUGAUGGCCACAAAACUGGGAAUUCCACUUCUGAACACCGUUCCCGCUCUGAACAAGGCUCUGGCGAGCAGACGAGGCAAGAAAGCGGACAUGGCAGGAACAAUGGUCCGUCAUUCAACCGUCGACGGGGUGGUGUCCACCAUAUGUCAGAAGAGGAGAGGUUAGCUCGGCUGCGCCAGAUGGAGGCUGAUGCUGAGGUCCAUGAGGAGCAGAGGUGGAAGAGGCUCAAGAAAGCUGCUGACGAUGAUUCUAAAGAGGCAGCAACUGUGAAUGCGAACCAGUUCAAAGGGAAGAACUUCUUGGAAGAUGAAAAGAAGAGCAUAUUUGGAACAGAUAAGGGUGGCAGUGCCACAAUUGAAGAGAGCAUCAGGCGCCGCGCUUUUUACUCGCAGGGUGGCCGUGAUGCCGAGGGCAAUGCCUUCAGGCGGUGA